AUGGCUGAGCAGAAAUCCCUGUCCCACUACCGGUUGUUCCCCAAGUCUCUGGGCCAGGUCAUCUCCAAGUUUUCAGUGCGAGAGCUGCACAUCUCAUUCACACAGGGCUACUGGAGGACCAUGCAGUGGGGGCAGCCAUUUCUGCCAUCUCCUCCCGGGGCCGAACUCUGGGUGUGGUUCCAGGACUCUGUUACAGAUGUUGAUGGCACAUGGAAGGAGCUGACCAAUGUUUUGUCAGGGAUCUUCUGUGCUUCACUCAACUUCAUUGACUCCACCAACACUGUCCAGCCCAGUGCUUCCUUCAAACCACUGGGAAUCGUCAACGAAGUGACAGACCAUCGCUUCCUUCGUUAUGCCACCCUCCCACGAGAGAUUGUUUGCACAGAGAAUCUGACACCAUGGAAGAAACUCUUGCCAUGUGGAUCCAAGGCCGGUCUCGCUGUCCUGCUGAAGUCAGAGAAACUCUUCCACAGCAGUUUUCAUUCCCAGGCAGUGCACAUCAGACCUGUGUCUCCCACGUCCUGGGAGCUCCGACAGACGCUGAACGUGGUCUUUGACCUGCACACGUCUGGACAGGGCAAACGAGAGUGGUCUCUGUUCAAGAUGUUCUCUCGGACCCUGACAGAAGCUUGUCCACUGGCCUCCUCCAGUAAAAUCUAUAUCGAUGUCACAGACAACCCCCAGGGGGAGCAGUUUGAGCUGAGCCCGGCCACUCCCUUGCUGAGCCAGGCAGUGGUGCUGGGGGACAGACGGACCUUCUCCGUGUACGAUCUGACCCAACAAAUCACUUUUGGCACCGUGCGCUCCCUCAACCUGCUGAUCCGUUGGAAAUCCAGUGAAGGUGACAUGCUGCGUCCUCUGCUCCACGGCGAGCGCUAUGUGGCUGGUUACGGGCUGCAGACAGGAGAGAUUCACACACUGAUGUACAACAAUCACCCGUACAGAUCUUUCCCUGUGCUGCUGCUGGAUUCAGUUCCCUGGUAUCUCCGUCUCUACAUUCACACGCUCACUGUCACCAGCAAGGGAAAGGACAACAAGCCCAGCUACAUCCACUACCAGCCAUCUAAGGACCGUGUGAGGCCCCACCUGCUGGAGAUGCUUGUCCAGCUUCCUCCCAACUCCGUCACCGAGGUCUCCGUGCAGUUUGAGAGGGCUCUGCUCAAAUGGACUGAAUACACCCCCGAUCCCAACCACGGCUUCUACGUCGGGUCUUCAGUAAUCAGCUCUCUUGUACCAAGUAUUGUCGCCAUGGAUACAAACAGCUCUCGGGAACGUCCCCUUUUUAGCAGCUUUUUUCCCUGUAAAGAGGAGUCCAGCUACUUUGUGCGUGUCUACACUGAACCCCUGCUGGUCAACCUGCCAACCCCAGACUUCAGCAUGCCCUAUAAUGUCAUCUGCCUGACCUGCACUGUGGUGGCUGUGGGUUACGGUUCCCUAUACAACCUACUGACUCGAAGCUUUCAGAUAGAAGAGCCCAGCCCAGGAUUGGCCAAGCGGAUAGCCAACAUCAUCCGCAAGAUGCGGGGCGUGCCGCCCCUCUGAGGCUGGACGCUGGUGCCAACUGGCUCUGCUUUCCGAAAGGAAGCUUUGCUUUUGGCAAAACCACUGGUUACAUGUGACAUUCAGGGAAAAGCUGAGUCGAGCACUGGUGUGAAUGUUGACUGAAGGUCAACUUCAUGGUUUUGUUUUUGAAUGGAAGAGGAUGAAUAACAGUUUUGAACAUGAACAUAUUCAGGAGAAUUUCCUGUUGGCUAACGACAAAAGCUGUGGACGUUUGUUAUUGUUUGACAAGGAGAAGGAACCAAAGCUGUGGAUUAUGCAGCAGUGGUCGCUGCACCAGUGUGUUCUGUUUGAUUGUUUGUGUUUUUAUGAAUGUCAGAAAACCAUAACUCCACUACAUCAUAAUAUCUCCACAGUGUCAUUGAGGCUUUUUGUUUCUGUGUGGAAACUGUGAUAAAAAGAUGUUUCUACAAUGAUGAGACUGCACUAUUUAAAUCUCUGAGUAGAGAUAGAAAAAAACACCGUUGGUCUCAUUCUGCCAUCCUGACCUCUUGUUUCCCAUCUCGCUGUAAGGAAAGAGAAAAUACACUGAUCCAGUCAGAAUGUUACAUCUUGUCAAAGCUCAGGUAUGACAGGAGAUCAAAUGACAGAAAUUCUGUUUCCAGUUUCCACUGCCAAGCAAACUAAACACAGCAGUAAAGUCCUCACUUUGGGUUCCUGGUGGGUUCGUUUUAUUUGACACAAGUUGUGUAAUACUUUUAAUCAUAAAACAACACGUGGCCCCUGAAACGUUGUCGCUGAGCAACCACUUUAUUUGCUUGCAAGUAGGAACAACCCUUUUAUUAAACCAUUUAAUUUGCACUAAUUCUUGAAAGCAUGCUGGAAUGUUAAAUGCAAUUGUCUGCAGGUCAAUAAAAUGAAUUGCCUUAAGUUUGUAACAUUUUCCCUCAUCAGUAAAAUGCAGUUUAAUUGUAUCUUGUGGUAGACAAGCAAUUAAUGCUUGACAUACAACUCAUGUUUGUGUGUCUAAAGGUCUGAAGUGCGUUGAAUGUGUGAAGCCACACUGUUUGCGUAUGUGUGCGUCAAAACUCACACACAUUUAUCACCUUUUAAUAAACUGACAAACUACA